GAGCACGUGACAACGGAGGCGCGUUCAUGUGUUCGCCACCGAGGGAGAGAGCAUCAUCAAAACACUGUCGUACAGCUUCCUCUGCCCGGAUAUCGAAAGAGGACGACAGGGAAUUUAGAGGUUAAAUUAAAAAAAAAAAACAACAGCAAGAGAGAACGGGGAGGCUGUGCGCCAAGGAGCCAAGAAAGAAACCAGAAUCCAUCCCUGCAGAAGCGGCAGUGGUAGUAGAAGCGGGAGCAGAUUCGAGAAGAUUUUCCGUGUCGGUUGCCCGGUGCUCCACACACCCGUGUGCCUUUGAACCAGCAGCGGGAGGAGGGGAGGACCAGAGAGGAGGCUGUGCAGAAAGGAGGAGGACCAUGGAGGGGAUGCAGGCAUACGGAGCCGGGAAAGCCGGAGGAGCCUUCGACCCCGUCACCUUCUUCCAGCAGCCUCAGACCAUUCUCCGCAUAGUGUCUUGGCUCUUCUCCAUCGUGAUCUUCGGCUGCAUCGCCAACGAGGGCUACAUCAAUCGCCCCAACGAAGUGGAGGAGUACUGCAUCUUCAACCGCAACCAGAACGCCUGUAAUUAUGGCGUCUUUAUGGGCUCCAUGGCCUUCCUCUGCUGCAUUGCCUUCCUAGCUCUGGACGUCUACUUCCCCCAGAUCAGCAGCGUCAAGGAUCGUAAGAAGGCCGUGCUGGCUGAUGUCGGAUUGUCAGCGUUCUGGUCCUUCAUGUGGUUUGUGGGAUUCUGUUUCCUGGCAAACCAGUGGCAGGUGACCAAACUUGAGGACAACCCACUGAAGGAGGGAGGAGACGCUGCCCGGGCAGCCAUCACUUUCUCCUUCUUCUCCAUAUUCACCUGGGGCGCUCAGACUCUCUUCUCUAUGGAGAAGUUAAAGAAUGUGUCGUUUGAAGAGGAAUACACCAAGCUGUUCCCCCCUCAGCCCAAUCAACCUCUUGUCUGACUCUGCUCUGUCUUCUCCCCCUGCUGCCUUAACCCUCCACAGCUGGUCCUACAUACUCCUGUUUCUCGACUGUGGCUGCACUAGUUUAAGGGUGCCCGGUAACAUGAAGUGCUGCUGGAAGUGAGAGUAUUUGUAAUCCAGCAGUAAGAGCUACAGUUGUACCAUUAAUAACGUGUUACUCAACAAUUGCAUUGCCAAAUGCUCUGGCCUUAAACACCUACCUAAAUUCCUGUAUUGGAUUGGAAUUGGAAUGACAAUUCCCUUCCCACUGGAAUGGUAAAAUGCUUCUUCACAGCCUGACAUAUUAGAUUUCCUGUUUAAAUUUGAUAGAAAAAGAAGUCAAACGAUAAGGAAAAGCAUGUGAAAUGAAUGAUUUUACUUCAAUAUUGAAAGCAGGCAGGUCCGCAGUUUGUUGCUGAGGUAGCUGAGUGUAUGACAGGUACACAGUGCAGGCCACAACUUCUUCUCAUCAUUAACAUAAAGGUUUACAGAGUGAUUGAUGCUUUGUAAUUUUGCUGUAGGGGUCAGAAUGAUUAAGGUGACUGUUUUAUAUGCAAUAAUUCUGUUUAAAAUAUAAUUACACCAUUUUUAGUAUAUUUGUCAGAGUGCAUUGCUUGAAACGUUAGAGGAUUUGUAUUUAUUUUGGUUUUUGAUGAAGCUACAUUCAAAGCCUUCUCUUCAGUCCUUAAAGGAGCAGUUCAACAUUUUGGGAAAUGCACUUUCUCGCUGGUUCCCCUGUUUUUAGUCUUUAUGCUCAUCUUAGCUGAGCUUACCAGCUGCUGGCUCCAGACAAACAUUAAAGAGGUAUCACUCUUCAUAUCUAAAAAAUGUCAAACUAUAGCUUUAUUUGCUCCAGUUUUGCAGCUCAAAGUUUUUCCCUGUAAAUCUCUAUGCACAUCCAUGCUUUCCACUCUUCCACUAUUUUAUUAAGUUUAACAGGUAGAUUUGUUUUGGUUUUUAUAGCUUUUUGAGAUUGAUUUCACAGUUUAAGCUGUUGACAGUUUAACACAAUUUAAUUGAAGUAUCAAACUGUUUUUAUUGCCUAUGCAAACAGUUUUUAUUGCUCAAUGAAUGUUAUUGGGUCAUAAAUACUACUAAAAUGUGCCAUAUCCAUAUUGACAAAAUAUCUGACAUUUUCAUGGUUAUGUCUCUACAUUGUAUUUUAUCUGACAAUAUUUCUAAAGGUUAAUUGACUUGUUUUUCAUAUUAUGCAGUCAAUCAACUCGACCACAUAAUUGAUGGACCCAAGACAGAGUGGUGUAUCAGACUGAAAGAGUCAAAACUGUUCAACCAGAUUCAGUCUGUCUGCAGCAUCAGAUUGAGCCGAGACAUACCAGUAAAUAAAACCCUCAUGAAACUUCCCAGCACUGAGAGCUUAAAUCAA